CAGGCAGCUUGAAGUCUUUUGAGACGGGAGAUGGACCUUGGCUUGCUAGAAGAUCUCUGCCUCUCUGCUCAUCCAGGUUUCUAAGCGCCGGCAUGGAGGCCUCAGCUGAGGAAGGAAGAGCUGGUUAUCUCUCACAGCCCAGAGAAAUUUCACAACAGCUGCAGUCUUACGUCACCUGGGUGAAUUCACAGCUCAAGAAGAAGCCAGAAGUUCAACCGGUGCAGGAUUUGAGGCGCGACCUCCGCGAUGGCCUGGUCCUUACGUCUCUCAUUGAGAUCGUAGCUGGAGAGAAGCUCGGGGGUGUGGAGGAGUCGCCCACCGACCAGCAGGCCAUGAAGGAGAACGUGGAGAAAGUCCUGCAAUUCGUGGCGUCCAAGAAGAUCCGCAUGCACCAGACCUCGGCUAAAGAUAUCGUGGACGGGAAUCUGAAAUGCAUCAUGAGGUUGGUCCUUGCGCUGGCCGCUCACUUUAAGCCCGGAUCCGGCAAAAUCGCUUCGCCAAAACCCGUGGAGGAGAUCCAGGGGGGGAGCGGAAUCUUGCUGGCCCAUCCCAGGCCUCGCUCGGCCGUGGCUGUGGCCCAGGAGGCUGUGGCUGCCCUGGCAGAGGUGCGCCAAGAUGUCUCGGGAGUGGGCCGCGGUGCCUUCCAGCCUCACCCCAGAAACAGCCACCCGCACGGAGGGACUGAGCGGCCGCACUGGAGCGUCCGGGCACUCGUCCAGCAGUACGAAGGCCAGCAGAGCAGUGGCCCUUCAGAGUCCUCUUUCUCCAGCCUCACCUCUCCUAGCCCUAUCAACAGCGCCAAGAGUGAAUCGGGCAGCACCCGCUCCGAGGAGAAAGGAGGCUUUGACUUUGGCCACGAAGAAGAAGAUGGAGAAGAAAAAGCAGGAACAAGGACAGAGGGGGCUGAAAGCCCUAUGAAGCGAGAUUGGUCUCCAAAGUGUCCUGCCCCGAGUCUGGAGACUUCGUGGGAGGAGCAUCUCCUGGAACAGCAGGAUCACUUGGAGAAAGAAAUGGAAGAGGCCAAAAGGAUGAUCUCUGGAUUGCAGGCGCUGCUGCUGAACGGAUCCCUCCCCGAGGACGAGCAGGAACGGUCGCUGGUCCUCUGUGAGCAGGAAGCCUGUCCGGAAGAGCAGCUGGUCAUCAUCCGGAGCCGCCUGGAUCAAAGUCUAGAGGAGAACCAGGAGUUGAAGAAGGAACUGCAGAAAUGCAAGCAGGAGAACCGGAAUCUGCAGGGAGUCAAGGACGCUUUGCAGCAGAGGCUGGCCCAGCAGGACCCUCUGAUGCUGCAGAUAAAGCAGGAGCUGCUGAGAGCCAAUAUGGACAAGGAGGAGCUGCACAGCCAGAACGCUGAUCUCCAGCGGAAGGUGGAAGAGCGGAAUCGGCUUCUGGCAGAGUACAAGAAAGAGCUGAGCCAAAAGGAACGUCUCCUGCACCAGCACCAGGCCAAGAUGGAGGAGAUGCUCCACCAGCUCUCCGAGGCCGGGUAUCAACAGGCCGAGUUGGAACGGGAGCUUCAGCACAAGGAGGCGCUGCUCGCGCGCUGCCUGAAGAAGGACGUGGAAGAGGUGAUUCUCUACGCCAACCACAACUCUCAGAGUAACGGCUUCCUCCAGUCCUUGGGCAAAGGGACGGCCUCCUCAACGCACAGAGGGAGCAGCGACCUGCAGCUGGUGCGCGAGGCCCUUCGGAGUUUGCGGAAUAGCUUCAGCGGCCACGAUCCCCAGCACCACACCAUCGACAGCCUGGAGCAGGGCAUCUCCAGCCUGAUGGAGAGGCUGCACCGCAUGGAGGUGCAGAAGAGGCAGGAGAAGAGGGUCCGAGGGAAGUCGCCUGCAGGCCACGCAGGGAACGAAUACCGGGAAUCUUGGCCUUCCAACUCCAAACUGCCUCAUUCUCACAGCACGCCAGCGGUGAGCAACAGCCCUUGUACCAAAGUGCUGUACUUUACCGAUCGCUCCCUCACCCCCUUCAUGGUCAGCAUUCCAAAGAGAUUAGGGGAGGUGACGCUAAGGGACUUCAAAUCGGCCAUUGACCGAGAUGGGACGCACCGGUACCACUUCAAAGCUCUGGAUCCAGAGUUUGGGACGGUCAAAGAGGAGGUUUUCCAUGACGACGAUGUCAUUCCUGGAUGGGAGGGAAAGAUUGUGGCUUGGGUGGAAGAGGACCACGGCGAGAACUAAAGCCUUCUCUUUCGGCUGCUGGAUGUGCCAGAUGUUCACCAAAAAGACCAAACUCCCAAACCCUCACAACAAGUGUUGAUAACGUGUGAUUUAAACUGCCAAAAGAAAGGAACUUUGAUGAACUUUGGCUUCAAGGGAAGGACGUCCCUUCCAGCCAUUCCAACCCCACUGCCUCUCUACUCGGUCAAGGAUGGCCCCAACAGGCGUGGCUUCCUGCUGCUUUCGAUCUUCUGGAGAACUUCAGUCAACGGCGGACAGUAUUACGAGGAGAUUUGCACGUUUGCGAUGGCCAAAUCUAGGAACUCUUUUCCAGCGCCGUUGUAGCUCUUGCCAGCCAAUUUUCCCCCAAACACCUCUGUGGCCAGGCCACACCAGGCACCAGCAAGAUCUCCUCCAGCGAUCCAGUGGUUUGUGGAUUGGAUCAAAGAAGAUCCAAUCAAUAGCAUUGUGUUGGAAGGGGCCAGGAUUCUUACAUUUUGCUUUUUAUUGUUUUGCAUUCUGGUCUCGAAACGGUCCUUACUUUAUUUCAGGGUCUUGUUACCUGUUGCCCAGGUUGGUGGCAAAGCCUCCUGGAAAAAGACCCCAGGCUCCCCAUCUCUGCUUUUCCAGGGUUGUGUUGGCACCACACAAUCUCCUCUGUCCUACUUUCCUCCCCCCCUCUGGAUGCUCUUUAAUUAAUUCAUCACCAGCAGCAGCAGAGGGGAAGGCUGACCUCCCUGGUUUCACCCAGAGCUUGGUCUGAAUUUGAGAUUGAUUUUUUCCCCAAUUAAUGGCUAAUUCCAGCCUGCCUUAUCAGAUGAGAUGGGUAGAUAAAACUGGGGCGUGAGAUAAGCUUCCACAAAAUGUGGCAGUUAAGAUUUCUGGACGGCCUGUGGGCAAAAAAUCCAGGCCCUUUUCUGAAGCCUCUGCAUACAAUUCCAGAAAUUGUGGUCUUUUUUUUUUCUUAUUGUCCCGCUGUCUCUUCUGCUGGCAGCAAAUAGAUCAUCUGCCUUGUUGGCCUCGAGCAGAAUUUAAUUCAGGACCCCCCAAUGCUCACCCACCCCCCUUUGCAAUGAUCUGCCAACGGUCUGCUUUGGAAAUCAGCCCGCUGGUGAUCUUAGCUGUUCUGGAAGCUGUAAGAAACCAGGUUUCAAACACAAGCAGGACAGACGCAUAAACUUUAUGGACAAGUGAGUUUGUGCAGAGGUUGGAGAUAAACACUCCCAACAGAGUGAAUUAUUCGUCCUUAGCUUCUUAGGGAAAGCAAACUCUGGAACAGCGUUUUGAGCAUUUAGAGGGGGAAUGUUUCGAUAUUCAAAAGGUUUUGUGCACUAUUCUAAGCAGAAUCAGUUUCUUAAGACCCAAGUCACCAGAGGUGAAGAGUCAGGGGUCAGGGGUGCUAUCCCUGCCCACCCAUGCAGAAGUCUGUGAGAACAGGGUAGUUUUUCCUUCUAACAUUCCCCUCCUGUUUUGGGCUCCGAAAUGCUGAAUUAGAGGAGUGGGAAGUACAUAUCCCCUUUGUGCAUCUCGUGCCACCCAACAUCCUGGCGCUGCUUGAAUGAAAAAUGGGGCCCAGUGAAAGCCAGCAUUCGCCGUUCCAUCUUUCCUAAAUCUGCAGCACCAGGCUUCCCGAGCCUCACAGCCGCUAGCAUGCACCAGCCAUCGGAAGGAACGCCCGUCCUUGUGUCCGGCCGUCUUCCGUGUCCUCCUCGCGGGAGGCCGAAGAUUAAAAAAAAAAACGAAAUCGUGUCUUUUGGAUCGUUUUAUAAGAUUUCCACACGUCUGUUUGGGUAAAACUCGUUCCUGUUUCUCGGGAUUUCUUUGUAUUUGCUUCACAUCGUCGUUGAACAAGGACAGUGUGUUAUAUUUUUAUACCAGCGUCGAGUGCUGUUUUUCCCUGUAUAUUUCUGAAUAUUGUAUUUUAUCCGUAUUUCUAGGAAAUGCAGAAAGGCUUUAUGACGGGCCUCUUGUUAAUGCCAACCCACCUGGUUUCCCAUAAUUAGCUUUAUUUUGCUAUGGAGGUAUACCUGAAGUCCAGAGUCUCUUUACUUUUUGUUCGUUGCGGAUAGAAGAUUCGUAUGUCGUUUGUCCUAUUGUGUCCUCUGUGUACAGACAGAACGGGGUCUUUUCAGAACCUGUGUUUGUAUCUGCAGUUGCACUUCAAGUGUAUCCUAUUCUACAGGAGCUUUAAAGUUGGCUUUUGAGACAACAGCGGAUGAGGGAAUGCCAUUCCCGGGGGGGAAAAUACAUUUUUUUUUUGUGACUGGUUUGACUGUUGCAUGAAUUUAGUGGGUUGCAAAGCGAUUGCAUGGAAUUACGGUUACUUAAAAGAAGAGUUUUAUUUCAGCAAGAGAUGUGCUUUAAAGUUAAAAGUUGUACAUUUAAAAAAAAGAACAUAAUUUUAUUUAAAUUUAAUUAAGACAUCUUUAUCACAAGGGCUUUUAUGGCCAGGCAUAGAGGAAAAAAAAACAGAGGUCGAAGAAGUGUAUAAAGAGUGUUUUAUGGCCGGUUUGGCGUCUUUUAUUUCCAUAAAAAUAAUCUGGCAUUUCUUAACUUUGUCCCUGAAGUAAUA